AUGAGGUCCACGAUUCUGGUACUUCUUUGGUUUGGAGCCAUCGCAUCGGUUCUGGGAAAUCACACCCAUAUGCUGGAGUCCUCUCUGGAGAAUCGCGUUCUAUCGCGACGGGUGAGGGGCUUAAUAUUUCCGGACAAGGCAGCGGUUCUCCUGACCGCCGCCCUCACCAAAAUCAUUCUGGGUGCUCGACCUAGUGGCCUUCAGUAUAGUCUAGAGUUUGACAUGUACAUUCCAUUGCCCGACACCAUUGAGGGUUGGCAGCCCAAGAUUCUGAAGAGGCUAAGGCCAAAGCCCACACCAAAACGGCGAUAUGAUUGGUCUUAUUACAAAAGACCUGCUUAUCCCUACUACACCACGCCUUAUAAAAAUGCAUAUUACACCAGUCCUGCCUCCAGUAGGGAUUCAUUUUACAAAACUACUUGGAGUGCAUCUUCGCCUUUAAAUCGCAAGAAUUUCUACCAAUCCAAGGAUAAUGUCUAUAAGACAAGCCCCGCAUUAAACAGCGGUUCAUUCUACCAAACCCCCUGGAGUUUAUCUUCCUCUAGUAAAUAUGAGAAGCAGUAUCAACCGCAUGAAGAGGUUUAUGAAUCCUGGGCUCAAGUGCCCACUUGGAAAUUAAAUCGUGGAUAUAGAGAGCGCCGAGAGAUUUUUGAUCAAUUUGAGGCCAUGGGAAAAGUUUUUCAGUUAGAUCUUAGGUCCUGUAUUAAGAGAGCCAUGUGCGAACUGAGAGCCAAAUUCAAUGAAGGUCAUGACCAGGGUUUUCUCUUGGAGGAUCUUAUGCGAAUCGUCUUAACAGUGCCCGAGGAGAUAGCCGACGAUAAGUACAGGCACCGCAUGGACAUCCAGGAUUGUGCCCGAUUCUACUCCCCAAGUUGCCCUUACAAUGUUUUAGACUUCCUCACCCAGAGUGGUAACAAAAUGUAA